AUGGCAGCAAAGAAGAAACCAUCCGCCAAGGAAGUCAUCACCUUCACAUAUCCUUGCUACAUCUGUGGCAACAUACUUUCAAAGGCAAGACAAGCCAUCAACCAUGUCGAAGUCAUUCACGGCUACAAGCUCCCUGUACGUCAAGUUGGCCACAAAAGACCCCAAGACCCACACUAUGAAUACAACAACGACCCUGACACAGUGGAUGACUAUGAUGUUAGCCAUUAUGCUUGUGCAUCUUGCUGGUUUCACUGUCCUGAAGCUGGCCUCAAGGAGCUUUCUGAUCAUGUCAAUCAAGUUCAUCAUCCUGAAAAUGUGGAUCCCGAGAAGAACAAGCAUGGCGAAAUCAAAGGCGGCGAAGUUACUGAUAGUGACAUUACAAAUACUUUGAACGAAGCAAAGCAUAGCGCCAAUAGAGCAGAGGGAAUCGAAGAUGGCGAGGACCAGGUCAUGGAAGAGACUGAUGACAAGAAGGACAAGAAGGAAGACAGCAAGGAUAUUGGUGAUAUCUAUCAAAAAUUAAAUGAACUUGUCGACAUGUUCCAAAGAGUACUCAAAGGAAAGGAUGACUAG